GGGAACGUCAUCAGCGCUCACCCGGCUCCCAGACUGCUCAUACAGUAUACUAGACUUACACUUUACUACUACUAGACUUGCAAAGGUUAUUUCUCAAAGUGAGGUAGCUUUUCAUUUGAGAUGGCUGACCCGAGUGUCGUGGAGAAAAUGAGCGAACUACAAGUGGACGAGAAAAAAAAGGGGGGAACUGAAAGCGGUAAAGAUGGAGGAAAGAAGAAGGCUAAAGGUGCUGCUGGGGAUUCUGGGGGCAGGGCAGAGCUGUCGCCAGCACCCCAGUACAUUGAUGAGCGUCUCACUUUGUACAACAAGCUAAAAUCUGAGCAUGAAGCUCUGAUGGCAGAGAGAGCUGCUAAAGACAGCCGUCCCAUCAAGGUGACUCUGCCUGAUGGAAAGGUUGUGGAUGCUGAGUCCUGGAAGACCACACCGUACCAGGUGGCCUGUGGAAUCAGUCAAGGCCUUGCCGACAGUACAGUGAUCGCCAAAGUGAACAACGGUGUGUGGGACCUGGACAGACCACUGGAGGAUGACUGCAGCCUUCAGUUGCUCAAGUUUGACGAUGAGGAGGCUCAAGCUGUUUACUGGCACUCCAGCGCCCAUAUCUUGGGCGAAGCCAUGGAGAGGGUGUAUGGAGGCUGCCUCUGCUACGGUCCUCCAAUCGAGAACGGCUUCUACUACGACAUGUUCCUGGAGAACAAUGAGGGCGUAUCAAGCAAUGACUUCCCAGGUCUGGAGACCUUGUGCAAGAAAAUAAUCAAGGAGAAGCAGCCAUUUGAGAGGCUGGAGAUAAGGAAGGAAACACUGUUGGAAAUGUUCAAGUACAACAAGUUUAAGUGCCGCAUUCUGAAUGAGAAGGUUACCACUCCCACCACCACGGUUUACAGGUGUGGUCCCUUAAUUGACUUGUGUCGCGGGCCCCAUGUGAGACAUACAGGAAAAAUCAAGGCACUAAAGGUCCACAAGAAUUCGUCUACAUACUGGGAGGGAAAGGCGGACAUGGAAACCCUCCAGAGGAUCUAUGGGAUCUCCUUCCCUGACCCCAAAAUGCUCAAAGAGUGGGAGAAGUUUCAGGAGGAAGCCAAGAACAGAGAUCACCGCAAACUGGGCCGGGAACAGGACUUGUUCUUCUUCCACGACCUGAGUCCAGGGAGCUGCUUCUUCCUGCCUAAGGGGGCCUUCAUCUACAACACCCUAAUUGAGUUCAUUAAGAGUGAGUACAGGAAGAGGGGUUUCCAGGAGGUGGUGACGCCCAACAUCUACAACAGUAAGCUGUGGCAGACCUCCGGCCACUGGCAGCACUACAGCGACAACAUGUUCUCCUUCGAUGUAGAGAAGGAGACCUUCGCCCUCAAACCCAUGAACUGCCCGGGACACUGUCUGAUGUUUGAUCACCGGCCACGCUCCUGGAGAGAGUUGCCCCUUCGCAUGGCCGACUUUGGCGUCCUGCACAGGAACGAGCUGUCAGGAGCCCUGACAGGCCUCACCCGUGUGCGCCGCUUCCAGCAGGAUGAUGCUCACAUCUUCUGCUCCAUGGACCAGAUUGAGGGCGAGAUUAAAGGCUGCCUGGACUUCCUGCGGACUGUGUAUGACGUGUUUGGCUUCAGUUUCAAACUCAACCUCUCCACAAGACCGGAGAAGUUCCUGGGGGACCCGGAUGUCUGGGAGCAAGCAGAAAAGCAACUGGAGAACAGCUUGAAUGACUUUGGGGAGAAAUGGGUUCUCAACCCUGGUGAUGGAGCUUUUUAUGGACCAAAGAUCGACAUUCAGAUCAAGGAUGCCAUUGGCCGGUACCACCAGUGUGCCACAAUUCAGCUUGACUUCCAGCUCCCGAUCCGCUUUAAUCUCGCCUUUGUCAGCCAUGACGGUGACGACAAGAAGAGACCAGUGAUCAUCCACAGAGCUAUCCUGGGAUCAGUAGAGAGGAUGAUCGCUAUUCUGACAGAAAACUACGGAGGCAAAUGGCCUCUGUGGCUCUCUCCUAAUCAAGUGAUGGUUGUACCUGUGGGACCGACCUGUGAGGAGUACGCUCAGAAGGUACGACAGGAAUUCCACAACAGCGGCUUCAUGAGUGAGGUGGAUGUUGACACCGGCUGCACUUUGAACAAAAAGAUCAGAAAUGCCCAGUUGGCGCAGUACAACUUCAUCCUGGUGGUGGGAGAGAAGGAGAAGACGAGUAACACUGUCAACGUACGCACCCGGGACAACAAGGUCCACGGCGAGCGCACAGUGGAGGAGUGCAUCGAGCGUCUCAAACAACUCAGGAGCUGCAGGAGUCGAAACGCUGAAGAGGACUUCUGAGCUGUCUCAAAUCGCUGCUAUCAGCUCAAGCUUCUCUCAAGCACCUUGAGUCGUAAAAGGGCCGUGUGGUUAAAAUCAGGUUUCGGUGAGGAAUAAAACUCUCCCAUUGUUGCCUAGUCUCUGCUUUAUGUCCCCUGGAAAUCAUGUUUUUCAGAUUCAACAAUUGUGUCUUCCAUUGCGUCUUAGGCCAAAGGUAUACUUGCUGUUAACAACGUUUUGGCCUGUGUGUGAAUGAUGGCUGCUUCACGUGUCCUGCGUCUUUUUGGAGCGUCGGCAGAAAUGAACGGUCUACAUAUCGUCUACAAUAAAGCUGAGACAGUUUAGAAUCUUCAGUCUGGUAUCUUUGAGUAUAGUAACCUCCUGGUUUGUUAUUUACAUACUCCCAAUCAGAACAAAAUUUAUUAGUUCUGACUUCUCUAAUGAAAACCUCCAACACACGUCGUACACAGAAAAAUAUGUGAACGAUUCCGUCCGGCUGUGCAUGCAAACACGUGGUUAAACAGCAAGUAUAUCUCCAGCCUUCACUGUAUCACUAUGUUUCCGGUUAUCAAGCCUCAUGUUUGCUGUACUCAUUCUUAUAUGGAAAAACAACUUGUAAGACUUCUGUGUAAAUUGGUUAUUGAACAGCUGAUUGAUGAAAUGAUUAAAACAGAGGGGAAAUGGUUUGUUACACUGCCUUACAGUUUGUGUCUCAUUCUUCAGGGAAUUGUACAUGAGUUACAAUUUUGAUAAUUAAACAAUCUAUUCUUAA